AUGGGGGCGCGGUGGGGCCGGUGGUGGCUCAGGUGCUGCUGCUGCUGCAGCAGCUUCUCGGCCGAGGAGAGAGCCAGCCGGAGCCUCAGCCGGGCAAUAGAGAGGCGGCUGCGGCAGGACAAGAGGGAGGCGCGCAAGGAGCUCAAGCUCCUGCUCCUGGGUACAGGAGAAAGUGGGAAAAGUACAUUCAUUAAGCAGAUGAGGAUUAUUCACGGAACAGGCUAUACAGAGGAAGACCGGAAAGGCUUCACAAAAUUGGUUUAUCAAAACAUUUAUUCUGCUAUGCAAGCUAUGAUCAGAGCUAUGGAUACUUUACAAAUACCAUACUCGUCUGAGCAGUGCAAGGAGGAUGGCCAGAUGAUUGAAAAAGUGGACGCAGACAAAGUAACAACACUAGAAAUCAAACACGUGGAAGCAAUAAAGAGGUUGUGGAAGGACUCCGGAAUCCAAGAAUGCUAUGAUAGACGGAGAGAAUACCAGUUGUCAGAUUCGGCUAAAUAUUACCUAUCAGAUUUAGACCGUAUUGCCAUGCCAUCAUUUUUGCCAUCUGAGCAAGAUGUUCUCAGAGUGAGAGUACCCACCACUGGAAUUAUAGAAUAUCCUUUUGAGCUGGAAAGUGUUAUUUUUAGGAUGGUCGAUGUUGGUGGACAGAGAUCAGAAAGAAGGAAGUGGAUUCACUGUUUUGAAAGUGUUACCUCCAUUAUAUUCUUAGUUGCCCUGAGCGAGUAUGACCAAGUCUUGGCAGAAUCUGACAAUGAGAACCGUUUGGAAGAAAGCAAGGCCUUAUUUAAAACAAUCAUCACAUACCCUUGGUUUUUGAAUUCAUCAGUCAUUUUAUUUCUAAAUAAAAAAGAUCUUUUAGAAGAGAAGAUUAUGUAUUCUCAUUUAGCUACCUAUUUUCCACAGUUCACAGGUCCCAAGCAAGAUGUCAAUGCUGCUAAAGAGUUCAUUCUGAAUUUAUACCAGGAACAGAAUCCGGACAAAGAGAAAGUGAUCUAUUCCCAUUUUACAUGUGCCACUGACACAGAGAACAUUCGAUUUGUCUUUGCUGCUGUGAAAGACACUAUCCUACAUUUGAAUCUGAAGGAGUUCAACCUGGCAUAGGCAAAAGGGAGCUGUUGCUCUAUCUGCUCAUUUACAUUCACUGGCCAAUAUACUUUGUACUUAACACUUACAAAAGAUGGCUCUCUCUCAGCAUUUUCAGCACUUGUGUCUUUGCUGACUACGGAAAUAUUUCAUUGAACAGAAAUGAACUCCACAGAUGAUUAGAGUUUUUACUCUAUAUACAGUCAACCCUCCAUUUUCACAGGAGAUCUGUUCUGGAACCCCCUGUGAAAACAAAAACCGCCAAUAUUCAAGCCCCAUUGGCUUGAAUGGUGGCGCUCCCUCCAUUUCCCCUCACCAUUUGCUGCUCUUGCAGAAGUGAGGGAUUCAGAUCCCAGGUCCGCGAAAAUGGAGGGGCGACUCUACUUUUUAUUUAAUUUUUGUGUUUUACAUGAUUGAAGAAAAACCUUUCCUUAUAUAAGUCUGACCCACCCAAAGUUUGUUGUAUUUGAAUUAUGUAUUUAAACCAAAGAUGUCUUGCUACAACAUUUUUAUAUUAAA